AUGCCCAACAUAAGGAUAGAAUCAAUAAAAGCAACAGUUGGAAAAAACGAAACUCAUGAAACCAUGCUAGAGCUAUCUAUUGAGGAGGAAUUGCAAUUGGAAUCAACUUAUGAUGCUUCAUUUCAUUUCCAGAACUGCAUCAAUAUGCUUAAUAGGGACACCAAACUUGCUUCCAAGCCUCACAACCAUCAAGACGUGUUGGAUUGUGACCAGGCAUCGAUUGAGGCUUUAUCAUAUCAGAUUGAUUCCUUAGACACUUUGGCAUUACUUGAUGACUGUCAACGCUUUGCCACCUUUGUUGAUUGGCUUGGUAAAAAUCUUCGGUUUGAUAUAAAUAAAAUUGUUUCUGUGUUUGAGACCACUAUCAGAGUUCUCGGAGGAUUACUUUCGGCUCAUCUUAUUACCUCUGAUUAUGCUACGAAAAAGGUGUCAUGGAGGCCUGAGGAUGAGCAAAGAGUUCUAAAAAUUUUUCACUCCAAAGCAUCUCACAGACUCUCAGAGAUGUUUAAAGAGGCACGAAGAGAAGAUAAAAAGCCACAUUGGACGGGAGAUACAGUAUGGACCAGUUUGUUGGAGAAAUGGAAUAUGCCAACAUAUCGAGAAAAGUGUGAUACAAAAAAAAAAAACAACCAUGAAUCAGAAAAGGGAGGGUGUUUGCAUACUGGAGGUUCUAUUACCGUGCAUGACCACGCUAUUCGCUUGGAGCUCGGUCGAUCCGUCCAUUUUGAUGAAAUAUUUCAACAAACACAUAUUCGGCGUUCAACUGGAGAAUUUGUAGAUAAUAGAUCUAGGCAGACACAUGUUAGUUUCUACAACUUGUAUUACAUUUCACCUGUUAAUAAUUAUUUACUAUAUCUUAUUAAUGCAAACAUUUAUUAUUUGAACAAGAAGAAUUUCAAAGUAGAUUUUCUCAAGCCCUGUGAGAGACUGCAUCCAUUGGUGUGUUAGAAACCAGCCCCUUAGAUCCUAUUGAGCAGGAAAAGCUAAGGAAUAGAUGUUGGUUACAAGCAACUGGUGGAAGGUACAAGAGACAGGUUUAUAGGAUUGGACAUAUGGAUUAUCAAGAUUAAUGUGUCGAUAGCUACUUGCAGGAGACACAAUCAUCUUCUAGUCAACAAGUUAAUGCGGAGGAGUUUAAUGAACUACAAAUCAGACUAGCCUAGAGUGAGUCGUGACUGGCAAAUAGUGAGUCGCGACUAACUAGUAGUGAGGAACAAAUAAGACAUAUCACUUCACAAUUCCAAACUUUUAUUGGUGCUAUAAGGCAAUAUCUUCCACCGUCGGCAGCCACGGCUACACAAAGUAUCCUCCCAACGACAAACCAACAAAUCAGCCCCAACACAAUUAUGAAGACCAACAAGAAGAUCAACUUCAAGAUCCAGAAAAUCCUUAUAAGGAUUAUUAGUAUUAGGAAUUUCAGACAUUUGAUAUUAUUAGUAACUUGUUAGAUAUCAUGGAAGACUAUUAUGUAUGGAUCCAACAAAUUAUUAUGUAUGAAGACUAUUAUUAUUCCAUCAAUAUAUGAAUGUAUGAGUGUAUUGUG